AUGGACGAGAGCGGUGCAUUUGCCAGCAGUAGGUACUGGAAACGAGCGAGUAAGUUGGUUGUUGGCACACUGCAGCUCGACUCGACUCGACCCGGUUCAGCUUACUUCUUCAUAUUCUGCUAUGCAUCCUCCUCAUCACCAUCAUCAUCCAGCCAGUCUUACUCCCCCACUCAACGCCUUCAAGCUAAACAUUCUCAGUCAGCCAUGCAUUGGUUAGCUGUACUAGAGAACAUCGGCGAGAGAAUGACAUCAAAUCAGAGUCAACUUCCUCGCAGGUUAAGCCAAGAUCCAUCCAGAAGGACGAGUCUCGCGUUCAGGCAAAGUUAUUGCGAAGGACAUGGAAGUUUUUGCAGUGGAAGCAAUGCGAAAUGCCCACUUCAAAACUCAUUAAGCGUCACCGCACGGAAGAGAGCCGCCGUUAAUUCAACUGGGGGGCAGCUUUUUCUAUGCGUUAUUGGCUCAUUGCUAAGCUUCAGUAUAUGCAUUUGGUUGACAGCGUUCAGUCAAGAUUUACGGUGGAGACGAUUACUAUUUGCUGCAGGUGCUGCACUUUGUGCACUCCUGUUUGCCAUGCUCGCCAUACAAACCAUGCGAAAAGCAAAACAGCCUCCAAUCGAAGAAGCGAUUCCGAAUUUGGCCCAUCGUCGAUCCACAAUCGCAAGAUCCGGAGGUGCGAAAAAGUCGAUUUGCAGUGGAAUGAUUCGAGAAGAUAGUCAAUCUGGUGGAGGAGGUAGUGGUGGUGCUGCUAACAGUGGCGAUCGUAAGGAUGCACCAACAUCCGUGGUCGUUUCAUCAGGUGGAAAACGCACUUCGCUGACGUGA